UAUAGUUAGCGCAUAAGCAAUUAGAAAGAAAAUAAAUUCAGAUUUUUUUUAAAAAAAAAAUGACAACCGCUAGAUUCAUCAAGUGUGUGACGGUCGGCGAUGGCGCCGUCGGGAAGACGUGCAUGCUCAUUUCUUACACUAGCAAUACUUUUCCAACGGACUAUGUUCCGACGGUGUUUGACAACUUUAGUGCCAAUGUCGUCGUCGAUGGAAACACUGUGAAUAUCGGCCUCUGGGAUACCGCAGGGCAAGAAGAUUACAACAGGCUGCGCCCACUAAGUUAUAGAGGAGCUGAUGUGUUUCUACUGGCGUUCUCUCUCAUCAGCAAAGCUAGCUAUGAAAACAUCUACAAGAAGUGGAUUCCAGAGUUAAGACACUAUUCUCCAAAUGUUCCGAUUGUCCUUGUCGGAACCAAAAUGGAUUUGAGAGAAGAUAAGCAGUUUCUGAGCGAUCAUCCAGCUGCAGUUCCUAUAACAAACGCUCAGGGAGAAGAAUUGAAGAAGAUGAUUGGGGCAGUAGCUUACAUAGAGUGUAGUGCCAAAACUCAGCAGAAUGUGAAGGCUGUGUUUGACACAGCAAUAAAGGUCGUUUUGCGACCUCCGAAAAUGAAGAAAAAGGCACGCAAGUCAAGAAGAUGCAAUUUCCUUUGAAUUAAUUUUAUAUUUGUGUAUCUCAUUAAAAAUAGUUUACAAGAUUUAUUCUAUUUCUUUAUUUUUUGUCUUUGGAGAAUCAAGAUAUCCUAGAUUUACUCAUAUGUUGUAAUAUUAGUCCAUUUAGUUUUCUGCAGAUUCAAUUCAAUCAAAAUCUUUUACUAUAUUA